UCCUGCUAUUAUAUAUUGGGAGAUUUGAGAAGGAAAAGACGGGUCACCCUGAAGUUUGCUCAGUCUCUACAGCAGGUCCAGCCCGAUCUCUCACCAUGCCUUUCGGAAACACCCACAACAACUUCAAGCUGAAAUUCACCCCUGAGGAGGAGUUCCCCGACCUCACCAAGCACAACAACCACAUGGCCAAAGUCCUGACUCUGGACAUCUACAAGAAGCUCCGUGAAAGGCAGACACCAAGUGGCUUCACCGUGGACGAUGCAAUCCAGACCGGUGUGGACAACCCAGGACACCCCUACAUCAUGACUGUCGGCUGUGUUGCCGGAGAUGAAGAAUCCUACGAUGUUUUCAGGGAGCUGUUUGACCCAGUCAUCGAGGAUCGUCACAAUGGCUACAAGCCCACAGACAAGCACAAGACUGACCUCAACCAUCAGAACCUGAAGGGAGGUGAUGAUCUGGACCCAAACUACGUCCUGAGUAGCCGUGUGAGAACCGGCCGUAGCAUCAAGGGAUACACCCUGCCCCCCCACUGCAGCCGUGGUGAGCGUCGUGCCAUUGAGAACCUGUCCAUCAAGGCUCUCAGCAGCUUGACAGGAGAAUUCAAGGGCAAGUACUACCCCCUGAAGGACAUGACCGAUGCCGAGCAGGACCAGCUCAUCGCUGACCACUUCCUGUUUGACAAGCCCGUGUCUCCUCUGCUGCUGGCUGCUGGCAUGGCUCGUGACUGGCCCGAUGCCCGCGGUAUCUGGCACAACGACAACAAGACUUUCCUGGUCUGGGUGAAUGAGGAGGACCACUUGAGAGUCAUUUCCAUGCAGCACGGUGGUAACAUGAAGGAAGUCUUCCAGCGCUUCUGUGUUGGUCUGACAAAGAUUGAAGAGAUCUUCAAGGCUGCCGGCCAUCCCUUCAGCUGGAACGAGCAUCUUGGUUACGUCUUGACCUGCCCAUCCAACUUGGGCACAGGUCUUAGAGGUGGUGUCCAUGUAAAACUCCCCAACCUCAGCAAGCACGCCAAAUUUGAGGAGAUCCUGACCAGACUCCGUCUACAGAAGAGAGGAACUGGUGGAGUAGACACCGCUGCAGUUGGUGGCACCUUCGACAUUUCCAACGCUGAUAGACUGGGCUUCUCUGAGGUGGAGCAGGUCCAGAUGGUGGUUGAUGGUGUGAAGCUGAUGGUCGAGAUGGAGAAGAAGCUGGAGAAGUCAGGAACUAUUGAUGACUUGAUACCAGCCCAGAAGUAGAGCGCGCAAUAGAGACAGAGCCUUACAGGUCCCCUCAGAGCCACCAAUAGAGGGGAGCCCCAGAGACCCCAUUAAGAUCUUUAGAGGUUGGACGAUACAUCAUUGUGGGGAGCCGUUAGAAAUGAGGGAGAGAUGAUGAACAAGAGAAGAAAUCAGCGGCAGGAGCAGCUUGUGUACGGCUCACAUCCUGAUGGUUUCAUUGUAUAUAUUGUUGAACACCAGGUUCCCCCCAUUUACUUCUGUGUCCCCGAUAUCAUCCGAAGACAAUA